CUAAUAUACUUUUCUUACAUCCCUAGUCAUUAUUUUCUCUCAAUAACUACAUUUUCCUUUCAAGAAAUUCUCUCCCUAAAACCUCAUCUUAGAGAAUAGAGAGAGAAACUGCGAAAUGUGCCCUCUUAGAAUAAUUCUGAUCUUCCUCUCUGCAACUCUAGCCGGAUUCUUCGUCCUAAGAAACCUCAAAUCCCCUACCAUUAUCCCCGAAAACGACGACGUGAAGUCCCCAACCGACAAGGAAAUUGAAUCCCCAAAUUCCCUUACCAUUUCGUCCAAGGUUUGUGGGACAAUAAGGAAGGGUUUUUGGACCUUUGUGGACAUGGCAAGCGGAAGUUAUCUCUGGAGGAAUUUGGUUUCCUCUUCCACUACUUGUACCGGGAAGCAUGCCAAUUAGCUUGAUGGUAAUUUGUGGUUAUGUUUGUGAAUUUGUUUUGAGCGAUUCUACGGAUCGUUCUCUGUUGUGUAAUUUCUCUUUGAUAUAAUACCUCAGAAAACAAAUCAAUUUUAACUGUAGAGUUUAUUUCUUGAAAUCUGCACGGGUCUUGCAUGUAAUUUAAUGCUGUAGGUUUUGAUAUGAUGGCUGGUUGUAUAAAUUACACUUUAUAUCUUGUUACACAUUCAAGUAUUGGUGUUGCUAGUUGGCUGUUAUACAUGAUAUUAUGAAGGCAUGUGGAAGCUUUAAUGUAAGCUUGAUUAUCCCA